AUGCGUUUCUCCGUCAUCCUUACCGGCACCUUCGCCGCCGUCGCCAUGGCCCAGGCCACUACCAGCAGCGGCACUCCCACCACUGCUUCUGCCCCUACCGCCGUGGGCAUGACCCCCCAGCAGUCGUCUGCCCUUGCCUGCCUCGACAAGUGCAACGCCUCGGACGUUAACUGCAGGGCCGCCUGCAACGGCGUUCCCUACCCCAGCGACGGACAGGUCAACUCCACCAACCAGUGUGUGGCUGACUGCUCCAAGCAGUACGGCAACGGCACUGAGGCCGACAACACCAAGUUCAUCAAGUGCUCCGACGACUGCAUUGGCAAGAACUACUGGAACCCCAGCAGCGGCACCCCCAACCCUACCGGCAGCUCGGGCAGCAGCAACGGCAACAGCAACAGCAACAGCGCUAGCUCGGGCAGCAAGACCACCGGUGGCUCCACCGCUACCGGCACUGGUGCGAGCUCAUCUGCUACUGGCUCCAGCGCUGCCGAGGUCCUCCGCAUCGGCUCUUCGGUUGCUGGAGUUGUCGGCUUCAUGGCUGCUCUUCUGGCCAUGUAA